CCCAAGCCAUGGCGGCGGUAGCCGCGGUGGGGAUCCCGGGGGCCGCGGAGGAGCUGGGUCGGGGCCGGAGCGGGCCCGGGGAGGUCAUCCACCUGAACGUGGGGGGCAAGAGGUUCAGCACCUCCCGCCAGACGCUCACCUGGAUCCCCGACUCCUUCUUCUCCAGUCUCCUGAGCGGGAGGAUUUCCACCCUGAAGGAUGAGACUGGAGCAAUCUUUAUCGACAGGGACCCCACGGUCUUUGCCCCCAUCCUCAACUUCCUGCGCACCAAGGAGCUGGACCCCAGGGGUGUCAACGGCUCCCUUCUCCUGCAUGAAGCCCAGUUCUACGGGAUCACCCCUCUGGUCCGGCGUUUGCAGCUCCGGGAGGAACUGGACCGGUCAUCGUGCGGGAAUGUCCUUUUCAACGGAUACUUGCCUCCACCAGUGUUUCCGGCCAAGCGGCGAAACCGGCACAGCCUCGCAGGUCCCCAGCUGUCAGGUGGCCGGCCAGCCCCUGUGCGCCGCAGCCACACCAUGCCUCCCAACUUGGGUAACGCAGGCCUGCUGGGAAGGUUGCUGGAAGAUAAGGCACCCACCCCCACCUCAGGGACUCCGGACGAGCCAGGCAUGGUGCGGCUGGUCUGCGGUCACCACAACUGGAUUGCCGUGGCCUAUACACAGUUUCUGGUGUGCUACAGGCUGAAGGAGACAUCAGGCUGGCAGCUGGUGUUCUCAAGCCCGAGGCUGGACUGGCCCAUUGAGCGUCUGGCACUGACUGCCCGUGUCCCCGGUGGUGCCCUGGGCGAGCAUGACAAGAUGGUGGCUGCCGCUGCUGGCAGUGAGAUCCUGCUCUGGGCCCUGCAGGCUGAUGGCAACGGCAGUGAGAUCGGCGUGUUCCAACUGGGCGUUCCGGUUGAGUCUCUGUUCUUCGUGGGAAACCAACUCAUUGCUACCAGCUCCACAGGCCGCAUCGGGGUCUGGAAUGCCGUCACCAAGCAUUGGCAGGUCCAGGAGGUCCAGCCCAUCACCAGCUACGAUGCCGCCGGCUCCUUCCUGCUGCUCGGCUGUAAUAAUGGAGCCAUCUACUACUUAGACGUGCAGAAAUUCCCACUCAGGAUGAAGGACAAUGACCUGCUAGUAAGUGAACUGUACCGGGAUCCGGCCCAGGAUGGAGUCACUGCCCUCAGUGUCUAUCUCACACCUAAGACCAGUGAUAGCGGUAACUGGCUGGAGAUAGCCUAUGGCACCAGCUCUGGUGGGGUCCGCGUCAUUGUGCAGCACCCAGAGACCGUGGGCUCAGGGCCCCAGCUUUUCCAGACUUUCACUGUGCACCGCAGUCCUGUUAUCAAGAUUAUGUUGUCUGAGAAGCACCUCAUCUCUGUCUGUGCUGAUAACAAUCACGUGCGGACGUGGUCAGUGACCCGUUUUCGGGGCAUGAUCUCCACCCAGCCAGGCUCUACCCCUCUGGCCUCCUUCAAAAUCCUGGCACUGGAGGCGGCCGACAGCCACGGGGGCUGCAGUGCUGGCAACGACAUUGGCCCAUACGGGGAGCGGGAUGACCAGCAGGUUUUCAUCCAGAAGGUGGUGCCUAACUCCAGCCAGCUCUUUGUACGACUAUCAUCUACUGGCCAGCGGGUGUGCUCGGUGCGUUCUGUGGACGGCUCUCCCACAACGGCCUUCACAGUCCACGAGUGUGAGGGUUCCCGGAGGCUGGGCUCACGGCCCCGACGCUACCUCCUCACUGGCCAAGCCAACGGCAGCCUUGCCAUGUGGGACCUUACCACAGCCAUGGAUCGGCUGGGCCAGGCUCCAGCAGGAGGUCUGACCGAGGAGGAGCUGUUGGAGCAGCUGGAACAAUGUGAGCUGGCUCCUCCUGGGCCGACAGUGCGGAGCCUGGCCCCUAGCCCCUCAUCCCGGGCUUCCAUCUGCAGUCUUCCCCUGCUCAUUCCAAGUGCCAGUUUUAUGGAAGACAUCAGGGGGGCAUGCCGGCCUGAAAGGAAGCCCUAUUCCAGUCCUCCUCAUUCUUUUGUUCUUCCUGGAGCUCGGAUGGAAUGGACUGCUUCAGGAUGUAGUGAAUUCCCUAGUACUAAAGGUGUUCAAGAAGAGAAUGCUAGUCAAGGAUGUUAUGGAGAUUUCUACAGGUAUGACAUGGACUAGCUGCCCUCUGAAGAUCCUUCCCCUUCUGAGAUUCUGCAAUUCUAGGAAGCCUGUUCUCUUCCACUAUGGGGGAAGGGAUGAAGACCAGCUUAGAACACAGAGUGCCUAGAACAUAGGCACAGCUAACAUUUGAACAGAGGGGAUGUCCUAGUCAGAGCUGGAGUCCUUUAUUUAUUUGCAGGAGUCACAUUUUAGGCAAAAGAAUGACAAACUGGAGCAGGUCUGCAGGAAGGUGACAAGGAUCAUGAGACUAGAGGGCACCUUUUGUUGGAGAAUUGAUUCAGUACUUUGUACAUUGUUACUGAGCCAAGGCAAUUUGUCUUAUGCCCACAAGGGAAGAGCUCUAACAUAGAUGUGUGAAGAGGUGUUAUAGCCAGGUCCUUUUCUAAAAUGGGACAAAUCUGAACAUUUCUCACCGAAUCAAGAAAACAAAAAGAUAAGUGAGGGCACUGUGGAGUUGGGAGCAACUGGAACAUUCCAGGAACAAGUAAGACAAGAAGAGUAUAAGGUUCCAACAGGUUGAGCAGGUGUUUUGUAUUGUUACGGAGAGAGAGAGAGACAGAAAGAAACAGAGAGAGAGAGAAAGAGAGAGAGAGAGGUGCAAGUUUCCCUUGGGAAAGACAAUUUCCCAUAAUUCUUCAGAGUAGCAAUGUCUAGUCUGACCCUAUAUAGCCCUUUUUAGAAUGCCAGUUUCUAAAACCUAGAAAGACUUGUAGAAACUGAUGCAAAGUGAAAUAAGCAGAACCAAGAAAACAUUGUACACAGCAGCAACGUUGUAUAAUGAUCAAGUACGAAUGACUUAGCUCUUCUCAGCAAUAUAAUGAUCCAAGACAAAUACAAAGGA